AUGAGUGACCGAUUAACUCAGCUGCAGGAUGCAGUCGAUCAGCUAGCAAAGCAGUUUGUCGCCUGCAUCCACUUCCUCCACCAGCACCACGACCGAGCGCUCCUCGGGCCCAAUGAUAAGAUCCAGGAUGUCAAGGCCGAGCAGGAUGCGAAAGAGAUCGAACCGCUCCCAGAAGACGAGUUCAAGGCCGGACAGCUCGAGCUAGCGCGCGACCUGAUCACAAAAGUCCAGCAGAUCGAGAUGAUAAUAUCAACGCUUCCGGGCCUCGAGAACAACGCACAGGACCAGGAGCGGUAUAUUCGAGAGCUGGAGGAGGAGCUCAGGGUCGCGGAGGCUCAGAGACAAGAGGCGAUCCGCGAGAUGCGGGUAGUGGAGGCGAAGCUGGACCAGGUCGUGAGGGGUGCAACAAGGCCUUGA